UCUCACGAUGCUGCACCCUGUUCCUCUCGCACAGGCAGCUGCCCAACGCUGGUGGCGGCGAGCCGGCGAACCACCGUCCCUGCCAACCUCACGCUGCUUCGGCUGCCCUCUCAUGGUCUAGCUCGCCGCUCGCGCCUCUCCAGAAGGCGGGCAGCAGCAGCAGGGGCCGGUCUCCAGCAGGAGCAGGCGGCCUCUCCGUCUCCAGCACGCCGGCAGCGGCAGCAGGCAGCAGCAGCAAGUGCAGGGCAGGGGCCUCUCUCUCCAGACUCUCCGGACUCUCCAGCAACAGCAGGCGCAGGGCAGCAGCCAGCAGCAGCAGGGUAGGGCAGCAGCCAGCGGUAGGCAGGGUUGGUGGGCUUCUAAAUGCAAAUCCAGGAAUGUACCUAAGAUGAUCUUUAGAUUGCUUGCUCUGCAUAAUGUUGGAUAGCCAAGAUGGAUAGAAGUUGGGUGCAUGCUAGACUGUUCUCUCAAGAUUACAUCAAUGGUGUCAAAGUAUUUAUGAGCUUUAUUCAUGAGAAAUUUGGUGAGGAUGAAAAAUUUUUAUGCCCUUGCAGUAGAUGCCUUAAUCAGAGGUAUCAACAUCAAACUCUUGUGGAGAGGCAUAUAUUGAUGAAUGGCAUGGAAAGUACCUAUACUCGAUGGAUUCAUCAUGGAGAGAACAUUGAUGUAUAUGGUAAUGAGCAUUCUGCUAAUGAGUUAGGUAUCAGUAUGACUGAACAUGACAACCAUGAUGAUGGUAAUUUGAACGGGUUGCUACAAGACCUACACACUGCAGAGAAAGAUGAAGAAGAUGGGGAAAAUGAGAAUGAUGCAGAAUCUAGUGAUAAGGAGUUGUUUUUCAAAAUAGUGAUGAAACAGGCGAAGGGUCAGCUUUAUCCAGGUUGUACCAAAUUUUCGAAGUUGUCCUUUGUGGUAAAGCUUCUUCAUAUGAAGUCAUUGUAUAGGAUCUGCAAUUCUGCUUUUUCUGCAAUAUUAAAGCUUUUGGCUGAAGCUUUCCCAGAAUGCAAUACGCUCCCUAAAUCAUAUUAUGAAGCAAAGACUCUUUUAAAGAAAUUAGGUCUUGGGUAUGAAUCAAUACAUGUGUGUUACAAUAAUUGUGUGCUCUUCAGAAAGAAAUAUGCCAAGCUUGACGAUUGCCCUGUUUGUGGUCUCUGAAGAUGGGUUGAUGCUGAAAGAAAGAAGAUCCCACAGAAAGUGUUACGACAUUUUCCGUUGAUACCGAGGCUACAGAGGAUGUUUGUGAACAAAGAAUCAGAAGAACAAGCACAAUUGCACAAGCUAAAGCGAAAUCCUAAGGAAAAGGAAAUGAGUCACCCAGCUGAUGGUGAGGCAUGGCAAGAUUUUGAUAGAGUAUAUGCUGAUUUUGCAAAAGAUGCAAGAAACCUUAGACUUGGCCUAGCUACCGAUGGGUUUAACCCUUUUUCAGAAAAGAACACUAAAUAUAGCAUGUGGCCUGCAUUUGUUGUGCCAUACAAUCUUUCACCUUGGGCGUGCAUGGAUGAAUCAAAUUUCAUGAUGUCUUUGCUUAUUCCUGGUCCCGCAUCACCUGGAAAGGAUUUUGAUGUAUUCUUAGAGCCUCUUAUUGAAGAUUUGCUUGAGCUUUGGAUAGGUGUACGUACUUAUGAUGCUGUAAGUGGAAAAAAGUUUAACCUUCGUGCUGCAGUUUUAUGGUGCAUCCACGAUUACCCAGCUUUGAGCACUCUUUCAGGGCGUACAACAAAAGGCUAUUUCGCAUGUACUCAUUGUGACAAGCACCCUCUUUCUUACAGACUACGGAGCAAAAUUGGUUAUUUUGGACAUUUUUGCUUUGUUUCGGUGGGACAUCGUUUGCGUAGAAAUAAUGAAUUUGUUGGCCUUCAUGAAAGCAAUGACCCCCCCAGUAAAUUCUCUAUAGAAGAGUUGAUGGCUGAAUUGGAGAGAGUUAAACAUGUCAGGCCUGGAAAGCAACAAGGAAGUACUGGAAAGCAAGAAGAAAGUAGGAAAAGGAAGCAUUCUAAUAUGGACAAGGAUCAUGUAGUAAUUUGGAGUCGGAUGGUUAGUUUAUGGAAGAUACCAUAUUGGAAGAAUUUGAAAUUGAGACAUAAUCUUGAUGUCAUGCAUAUCGAGAAAAACAUAUGUGAGAACUUGAUUGGGACAAUUCUUAAUAUACCUGGGAAGACAAAGGACACGGUUAAAGCUAGACUAGAUCUGAAAGAUUUGGGUAUUAGGAAGGAGCUGCAAUUUAAGGAGAAAGGAGAUUCAUGUGAGAUGCCUCGUGCAAGAUAUACUUUGUCCACACAACAAAAGAAGGCCUUUUGUGAAUUUUUGCGAGAGGUGAAGUUUCCAGAUGGAUUUGCCUCCAACAUAUCAAGAUGUUUAAGUACUGAGGGAACCAAGUUACAAGGGCUCAAAACACAUGAUUGUCACAUUCUUUUGCAAAUAUUAUUACCAGCUGCCAUGAGAGGGCUUUUGGACAAGGAUAUUUAUGAAGCGUUAGCGGAGUUGGGGAAAAUUUUCAGGGAAUUGUGCAGCAAAACUCUUAACAAGGAUGUGUUGGCUGAAAUGAAGAAAGAAAUCCCAAUAAUUUUGGUGAAGCUUGAGAAAAUAUUUCCCCCGGCUUUCUUUGAUGUGAUGGUGCACUUAGCUGUACAUCUACCUGAUGAAGCAUUGCUGCGAGGUCCUGUGCAAUAUGGUUGGAUGUACCCAAUUGAAAGGCGGUUGUAUACUUUAAAGCGCUAUGUAAGGAAUAGGGCGUGGCCAAAAGGCUCAAUUGCUGAGGCAUAUAUUGCAGAUGAGUGCUUGACGUUUUGCUCUAGGUACAUGGAUGAUGUUGAAACAAGAUUUAAUCGGGAACCAAGAAAUAAAGGUUUUUCUAAUGAGGAUGCCUAUAGCGUUGAUGUUUUUGGGCAUGGAGUUAAUUUCACCUCUGCAAUUGAACUUGUAUAUGAUGAUACUGCCAUUGAUCAAAUGGUGUGGUAUAUUCUAAACAAUUGUAGUCAGGUUGAGAAAUAUAUGAGAAUAUUUAUGGAUGAAUUAGAGGGAGCAGGGACACCUGACAUUGAAAGAACAUUGCGGCAAGGAUUUCAGACUUGGUUCAGGAACCAUAUCCUAAGGUUGCGGAAUAUGAAUCAAGAAGAGGUUGACGAUGAUCUAUUUUCAUUGGCUUGUGGUCCUGAUUUAAGAGUUAGAAAAUACUCCUCAUGCAUAGUGAAUGGUGUGAGGUUUAACACCCUUGACCGUGACAAGCAUCGAAAGACACAAAAUAGUGGAGUCAUGACAAGAGCAUCAAUAUUGGAAGUCUAUGGUACAAGAAUGAUUCGUUUAUUUUGGCCACUCAAGCAAGGCAGGUCUUCUAUUUACCGGACACAAAGUUCGGUAAAAACUGCUGCUGAAAUUGCAAAGUUAAUAAAAGCAAAAGGCCUAGAAGUGCAUGAGAGUGAUAGUGAACAAGAAGAAGAUGAUGACACAAUUUUGGAGUAUUGCAGUGAAGCUGAAGGAGGAGUCGCAAAUGAGGUUGAUAGUGAUGAUGAAUAGCCAAUUCUAGUUGGACAAUUUUCAGACCAUCUUCGUGUCCAGUUUGAUACAUUUAGUUGUGAAAUGACAUUUGUAAUGUUUAGUUGUGACAUUCAUCAGAAUGGACCAUGCUCAAUUCAGAUGUAUCUAUUCAUUUUGAUGUAAAUUAAAACUUGUAUCAGGAUAUUCCAAGUUUAUUUGUUUGUAUCAGAAUGACA